CCCCGUGAGGGCGAGAGGGAGGCGGCCAGCUGACAGCGCGAUAGUGUUUGUUUAUCCGCGAGUGUCGCGGGUCACGGUGGGUGUAUCCUUCUGUGUCGGGGGUCGCGGUGGGUGUAUCCUCGCCCCGGGCAUGACCCCCACCUUUCCCUCCUCACACACAUUAAGAAUGUUGGAGGAAGGCUCUUUGUCAGGGAUGUCAUCAGGGGCAUCAACACCCGAGCCACAAGCCCCAUUCACACCAAAGUUCAGUGUCCGCUUGAGUGAUCGUGUCACCAAAGAUGGUGACAGUGUAAAGUUUACUCUUCAAGUUUCACAGAAUGGCCUUACAAUUCAGAUGCUGGAAAGAGAAUAUGAAGACUUUGAAUACCUAGAUCAUUGUGUUACAACAAGUCAACCCUUGCAUGGUCUAAUCAUUCCACCAAUUCCACAGCGUUCUGCAAUAGAUCCUUAUAAUGCAGAGAUACAGUCCAGAAGAUUAAUGGGAAAAGGUUCAAAGACACUGAUAGCAGAUGAGUUUCAUAAAGAUUGUCACCAGCUGCAAAAGUACCUAGAGUUGCUCCUCUCACAUCCUGUUUUGGGAAAGAAUGAAAAGUUGCAUGACUUUUUGACUACAAAGGAUGCUCCUCCUAGGACAAAGGUCAAAAAAGGGUUGAUAAGCAGACUGUCUGAUAGCCUUGAUUCUCGGAAGUCAUCAUAUCCUGACAGUGAAGAGUUCUUUCAAAAGGAACGUGAUUGGGUUGCUAAAUAUCAACCAGCAAUUGCCAAUGCCAGUGAUGCCUUUAACAAGAUAAUAUAUGCUCAGCUUAGGAUAGGUCACCAGCUGGAACACAUUGUCACAGCCCUCAAGUUAAGCAGCUGUCCUAAUGAUGUGGUCCACAACAAACAGUUCAAUAUUAUUAAUAUACUUUUCCUGGAGUGUAUGGAUAGCAUAAAGAGUGAAACAGAUGAUAAGGCAAGCAAGGAAGAUAUCAUGCUGGGCACAGUGCAAACCUUAUGGCACCGCUACAUCCAAGCAGAAAGUGCCAUGCUGCUCGAUCGUACGUGUUUGAUGGUUGACUACCAGUCAUCAAAUCGUGCGCUUGAUAAGGCUAAACCUAACAGAAAGGAAUUGGCUGAAAAGGCAAAGAAAGAGGCAGAAGCAGCAUUUGAGGAAUGUAGCGACAUUGCCCGACAUGAAAUAAAGCACUUUCAGCGGCAGCGUGUGACAGAGAUGCAAGAGAGUGUGGAACGCUAUGCUGCCUAUCAACUAACAUCCGCUAGAACCACUCUCAGCAUAUUGUCCCAGGCACUCAACCAAAUCAAAGCCAUCAACUUAUAGGUUAUAAAGAAACCUAACUUCUGUCCAGAUCAUUAUUAGCUCAUCUCAUGUUUGCCAUCAUCUUGUCUGAGAAACAAGCAGAUGUUCCUUGCAAAAUAAUAACUGCAGGUUUCCUUUUAUCAUAUUGUCAUCAUUCCAGAGAAAUUAUUCGGCUUGGUUUUCCACACUCUGCUUAGUUUCACUUUGAAUAAUUGGAAGCCUAAAGUACAUACAUAGUAAGUGGGAUUGCUGUUUAAGCUUCUUUUCUCUUAUUUGCCUGUACUCUUAGUUUUUCUUAAAAUUGCACCUACACCUUUUUUUUAUGUCAGGAUCUAUUACUUUCACUGCCCUCAAAUUCACCCUGUAGUCAAAGUAAUGCACCCGGUCACAUUGGUGCAGAUAAUGGUGGUUAUACGAGAAUAGAUUUUUUGUACAGUACAGUACUCUCUCUUUUUUUCUCUUUCUUUGUCUGUCUUUCUUUCUCUUUCUUUCUUUCUUUUUUCUUUUGUUUUCGUUUUCUUUUUUUCCUUUUCUUCUUUCUUCCUUCUUCCUGCACUUGCAAGGAGCAGCAACCGUCCAACAACUUUUAUGAAGGGAGGGAUUGUGAGAGAUCCAAUACUGAGACAGAAUGGAACCCUACUCUGCUUGAGACUAGAAACACUAGCAUUUUGUGUGGUAUAUAAUGUACAAUUAGGAAUGUUUGUAUAAAAUGUGUCAUGUCUUUGAAAUAAAAAAAAGAAUAAAAGAAGAGUGUACAGAACUAGGAAACUCUUCAUUUGCUCAUCUUAUUUAAAUAACGAUUUGCCAUUUUAAUUAAAUAAUUAGUUGGCUAUUGGCAGGAUUUACAUAAAUAGCUCCCGUUUAAAUGUCUUAUUACAGUAUGAUUAUUAGUGUACAGGUAUGUUUUUUUUCUUUUGCUACUGUGCUAAAUUCUGACUACAGUAUUAUGUAAUCUUCCGUUUGUAACAACGUGCAUUACAACUACUGUACUAUUUACACUACAUCUGUGAAUGACAUUUUCCUUUAUGAACAGUAUUUUAGGUGUUUAGGUAGGUUAAUAUGUUGAUCUCAGGAAAUGUUCAAUAAAUUCUGAAAUUUGUCAUUACUAACAUACAAAUUGAUACUGAUAAUGAUAACCAUUUUCCUUAGACGCUUGUUAUCAGUGCUCCAUUUUAACAACUUGAUUUUUCUUUUGGUACAGCACCUUUCAAGCUUGCUUUGUUUAAUACUUUUUGCUAUGAAAAUUAUAUAUUAUAGAAUUUGACUUACAAAGGGUGACUGGUUUUAUUACUUUAAAAAUAUUUAUUAGUUGUGCAUUUAAAAUAAAUACACUGAGAUAAUAUAUAUGGACCAAUUACUGUUAAUGUAUUUCUUAUAAAUUAACUUAAUAUCAUAGUUUACACAGAAAUUGACAGUCAUUAUAGGGUUAAAAAAACAUAUUAAUGAUAUUACCAAUGCUAUUUCUUAAUACUGUAUUUACUAGAUAUGAAUAUCAAAAUUUCUUUAACCGAAUCAAAAAUUUCAAGCUACUUCAAAUUUUAUAAUCCAAGCCAUGUCACAACUUUAUGGUUUUAAAAGCAAGAGAAUAGUCUGUCCUUCAAAAAAUUUCCAGACCUAUCCUUUAAAUUUAGGAAUUGUACAAAACUUUUUAGCAAAUCAAUACUGCCAUUUCAAAUUUUUGCAUAAAUCAAGUAAGUCUUUUUAAAAAUUUGUCCAUUCAAUAUUUUGAUUUGUUGUUUUAAGGCAUAUAAAACUUAGGCAUUCAUAACUAUUAUUUCACGAUCGUCACAUUCCAUUGUAGUUUUUCAUCACAUCAGUGGACAAGUACCCAUACCAAAGAUAUUUUUAAAAUAUGAUUUAACUUAAAAUGCUGAUUAAUGUGUGUGUGAAAAUUAAAAACAUCUCUAGUCUGCAUCUUCUAUUGUAUUUCAAGGGCAUUAGAUGACUUAAACAAGGAAGAUAGUUUUGUAAAAAAAAUUUUGUCUGCAAGGUACAUGAUGAUGCAGAAAAGUUAGUUUUAAACUAUACAGUAUAGGAUAUUGUGUUACACAAGAUCUGACGAUUUUCAUAUUUUGUCUUUUAUUUUUUUGAUCGUUUUGUGGGAUAUACUAAAUCAGCUCAAGAGUGCAAACUUACAACAUGAAAACUAGUCAGGAAUGUCUGUCAUAUAAAAUGACAUUUAUGAAACUAAAGUGCCAAAAAUAAACCAAAGUCAAGUCAUUGGUGUGUGUGAUAAUCGGUCACAAACUAGUCAUUGUAGCACGUGCUGGGCAAAUUGUUUAUGUUCUGUUGAUUUUUUUUCUUUGUCUUACAGUUGCUUAUGAUUGUUUAUUCAUUCUGGAGUUUGUUCUAGCUGAACUUUCAAGUUGCUGCUUGCAAUUUUUUUUUUUUUCCAAUGCAAAACAAUGAAAUCAUUAAGUUGUAUUUCUUGCAAAUGGUACUGAAACUGAUCUUGUAAGCUUGAUUAGGGUAUUUGUUGAAAUGAUUGUUUAAAGAAAAUACAAAUAAUGUUCAUAAUUUAUUAUACAUAAUUAUUAGCUUAUCUUUAAGCUCCCAAGUAAAAAGUUGUUUUAAAUAUUUAAUAGAAAAAGUUUGCAUAAUUUUAUGUAAUACAUUUUGCAAUAAUUAUUAUAUAACUGACAUAUCAAGUUUAUAAAUCUCUUGGAGGGCAUUUAAAAAGGAAGAACAUGUAAUUUGUUGAAAGCUCAUUAGUUUUAUAAUUGCUUCAAUGAGAAAUGUUUAAAAAAAAAAAAAUCAUGUCGUAUAGUUUCACAUCGGUUGUACAAGAGUGCUGUCUUACAGGUAAACAACUUUGCUCAUAGGGGGCUUGAAUUUUUCAAGGAGUAUGUUUAUAAUUGUCUGUUGUUAAUAUUGUCAGGAUUACAUAACCUUUGAAAUUAAAUACUCUAAAAUAACAAUACAGUAUAUUGUGGAACUCUCACAUACUGGCAUCAUUGUAUAAAAAAGCUCAGUAUUGUAUAUUAAAAUAAUUUCACUUCAAAAUUAUUGGAAUAAUAGAUAUUUAUCGAUGCCAAGAUAAAGUAUAAAGUCUAGAAGUCUAAAUUUAUUGUAUAGAGUAAUUCAUCUCCCUACUCCAAAUUAAGGUAGCCCAUAAGAAUAUAUGCAGGUCUAAUAAAAUAGGUACUGCAAUUAACUUUGAUAUGAUGUGUGUGAUCGUUAUGCAUAAUAGUAUACAUGGAUGGUGCGAGUGUAGAGCCGUCAUGCAAGUUCCUUGUGUUUGUCGGUCGAGUUGUUUACAGCAUAUAUUGUAAGCGGUAGUAGAGCCAGUUGUACAGUGAGGCUGUCAGCAUCACCGGGUAAUCAAAUAGUACAGUACAUGUAACAUAGCAUCAUUUAUCCAGGGAUGAUCAUUGUCUCCAGGCAGUUUCCUCUGGGGGCAAUAACAAGCAGCUCACCACUAUUGUAUUUUAUUUUAAGUUUAAAUUCAAUAGUUAUAAGUUACAAAAGAGCAUUCUUCACUUAAUUUUGAGCAUUACUUUAUUAAUUUGUGCUCCUUGUGCCAUCAAUACCAUUUGGGAAACUAAAUAUUUAGCCGCAGUUUGGUUUUGUCUUGCUGGUAGAUAUAUAAAUUACUGGAUGAGGUGUUAUUAUUUUUUUUUUUGAGGCUAAUACAUUAUAUUAGUGAAACUGUCAUGAGAAAUAAUUAUUUUCAUCUAUAAUGUCAUCCAUUUCCUGGAUUGAAGAUGAUUAAUUUUGUUUUGUAAAAAAUAGCUAUAUUCUAAUAAGUAAAGUAAAUAAUUAGUUACUAUAAAGAUGCACACUGUGUAUUGAAUCUUGACUACAUACAAAUUCAGUAUUUAAAUUCCAAAUAUUUGCUGAGGUGAUAUUUACAGAUUUUUUUUUUGUUUAGUUCUAUUGGCUUACAUUUUUAUCUUCUUUUGGUACAGUUAGAUAUAAAUACAAAAUGCAUAGCAUACAUUCCCAGGUAAGUGGUAUGUGUGUUUAGAUCAUAUUCUACCAACUGAGAUGACGGUGGCUAUUCUGUGUUCAACUUUCUGGAUUGAUAUAGGCUACAGGUUCUUUUAGGAAUGCUGUAGUGUUUACCAGAUUGAAAAGUUGUGCUGUAAAUUUACAGGGGCUGUAAAUAUAUACUGGCAAUUCUCUGUGGAGGAACAUUUUGAGUAUGAAGAGUUCAACCAGUGUUCAAGAAUCUUAGAAUUCUAACCACUGCUUAUCAGUUCUAAAUAUUGUCACUCAGAAAAGUUUUUUUUUUUUACUCUGCAAAUUUACCUCCACCAUAAGAUCAUUGGAAUAUGUAGACAAUAAGUUGCAAUAACAUGAUUGAAAAUUAAACACCUAUCCCACAAAUCUGUAAGUAAAAGAUUUGACACUGCUUCGUCCCAUUCUAGACCAUUGCAUGACCUGAUAAUGAUCCCGGACAAACUGAAACGUUGUCAAUUUUAUUACAAACAGAUUUUUGGUUUGGAAUUUUAAUCAUUGGAGCACAUUAAAAAAAAAAUAGAAUACAGCCCCAUGUGUGUGCAUUUUUUUGUGGACUCCAGCAGCACAGUAAACUAGUUGCUGGCUCAUCCUCCCUUUGUUGACCAGACCACACACUAGAAGGUGAAGGGACGACGACGUUUCGGUCCGUCCUGGACCAUUCUCAAGUCGAUUUGCCUUGAGAAUGGUCCAGGACGGACCGAAACGUCGUCAUCCCUUCACCUUCUAGUGUGUGGUCUGGUCAACAUACUUUAGCCACGUUAUUGUGACUGAUCGCCUCAUCCUCCCUUUGCUUGCAUUCCAUUAGAUUAGCCAUUUAUAUUUACCUCAUGUAAGUGAAGAUUAAUUACUUGCCUUUGAAGACACUUGCCUUAUGAGAUCCUUGUUGAGAAGGAAUAAAAUAGAUCUUUGCUUCUUGAAUAUUUAUUUUUUAUUUAAAAGCUUUUUGUAUUGUAGUUAGGGUGCAUAUUUUGUGAAUUUGGUAAAAUCUGUUUGUUUAGGCAUAAAAAGUGCCAGCAUUUAUGCCUAUCUAAUGUCAUAUAUAUUAGCUAGUUUUUCCAUACUAUAAUUAAUUUUACAUACUAUAAUUAAUUUUAUACAAGCUAUGGUAAUAAUACAGGAUAUACUGUAUAAUAUUUAGGUAUCAUUUGUAUUGGCUUAUAGCUCAAGCAAUUAACCAUUCCAAAUAUGCCAUUCAUGUACAAAUUAAGUUCCUAUUAUUUAACUAUAUAUUCUCUGUACAGUUAAAUGAAUUUAUUGCAUCUCUUUUUACUGAGCCAUUGUGAUUUUUCAUUAAUGAUCUGAUACUUGUACUUUAUAUAUGAAUUGCUCUAAUUCAUUGUUUUUUUUCCAUUGAGCUUCCACAUUGCCUCAGUGCUAAUGGCUGCUACUAUAGUUCAUCAGUCAGAAACCUAUAUCUUAGUUUCAAAGCACACAAUCUAGGCAUGUAAUGACUGCAAUUGGUAGGUAGCAUAUAAAAUUAAAUUAAAAGGAUAAUGAAUUUGUGGUAUAAUUUUACUUGCUGCUAUAUGUUUUGUUUAUUCAACACUGUGUUUAAAGUGGAGUGCCUGUACAGUACUACAGUACUUGUAGUUGAGACGGCAGAUUCUUUAACUAAUCCAGGUUGUCAUGUGAUCCAUAUGGCUCGUUGUGUUGCUGGAGUAGUUUUGCUAAUACAGAAUCUAGGGUAAUAACCUACUGGUUUAAGCAGUGUUAGAUUGAGAUACAAAAAGAAAGUAUGACUAUGAAGUUUAUUUUUCAACCAAAUAGCUCUAAAUUACUCUGAAACCAAAAAUAAAUAGGUACAUAAUUUUCAUUUAGAUUUGUUUAUAAGUGAAUGUGGAGUCAUCAAAAGCUAUGUAAUUUCCCAAGUUUUCAAAGUAAAAAAAAAUUAAAGGUAUUUAACACCAUAUUUAUUUGUGGGUUAUAUUUAUGGAAGCAGCACAGCAUGUGACCCUUGUAUAUUGGGCAGCAGAAUUUACAGUAAUAAUUGUUGGAACGAUUAUAGAAUUGUUUCCAGAAACUGAGAAUUACAGUAUAUUACAAUAGCCUACAUGGAAAAAGUGGAUGUAUAUAGCUGUAUUACUGUUGCUGUGGUUAAUUUUGUAUAUUUUGAAAUGCAAUUUAAUUAGUCCAUUUGUCAGUAAUUUUUUUCUGGACCACAUUUUUAAAGUUUCUAAUUUGUUAAACUGUAACAGUGGCUAGCAGAGCAGCUAAUGUCAUCUGAAAAUAUUGCAUAAGAAAACAGUAAUUCUUGUACAGUAAUUUUGGCAAUUUUGAUUCACUGAAGAUGGAAGUAUUGUAUGUUUGUAUCAAAGUGUUAAUAAUGCUUCUGAUUUGUAAUAAAUUUAAAUAACUAUA